AUGUCAAAUUCAGAGAAUACCACUAAAUUGCAUCAGCUGCCUUACUGGCAGGUGAAUGUUUCGCCCGACCAGAGAACCGAGCAGUGUCCGGAUUUCUUACGGGAUAUAUCAGAUAAGGACCAACGCAUACUGUCAACAUGGGACAAUGAUUAUCGGCGCGACUCAUGGGAACAGGUCAAAGAAAUCGUAGCUCGGAAUGAUCUUGCUAGCUUCCGCCGGGUCCCAAGUGAUCUACGACGUUAUUUGGAGUUCAAAUUCAAAGUUCAAAAGGAAUAUGGAUCCAUAUUGAACUAUGUACGACAGAAACGCCUUAAAUGGCAGUCUGACACCCCAUCAGGAGAACCUCCGUUCAGCAACCCGACCGACUAUACCAUUCUAUGGAAUGACUGGCCCUAUGGCAUCAGCACAGAUAUCACCCAUCUGGUUGUCUGGACCAAGUUCGUUCUUGAGACCGAAUCCAUAACCGACGAUAUCUUGUCAUCUACUCGUGCUGUCAUAGAGAACUUCGUAGUUAAGGUCUUUUGCGACAAUGGUGGACCCGAGAGGAGCAAGGUGAUCUGGUUUAAGAAUUGGAGCAGCCUGAAGUCGAUUGAUGGUAUUGAGCAUUUUCAUGUGAUGCUUUACAAGGCAGAUGGAGAUUUCAUCGGCAGAGUCACUUGUGAUGAUCAUCCUCUUUGUGUUUCAAGCUAA